AGGUAACUUCCUCGUGGUACUUCCUGUAAUAACAAGAAUGGAGAUCGGCGGGAGUUUUUAAUGUUUCAAGUUUAAAAUUAAAAUAGUUAUGUCUUCCAAACGUGCUUUGUAUAAACCAUCACCACAAACUAAUGUUGGUCACAAGCCAAAGAGUUGUCUCUUGGCACAAGGGAGGUUGGUUACAGACACAGCACUGAAACCGGUUGUACACCAAGUUGUGAGAUCAGAUGGAGAUGGCACUAAAGUUGUAGAAAAACAAGACACUGCUCUGACUCCAAGAAAACGUGCUCCUGAAUUACUUGAAAAGCAGUCUCCGAGACCUGGCCCUCCUGUUGACAAACUUGAUCUCUCAGACAGUGAGAUUGACUUUCCUCAACUCUCAGUGCUUCAAUCACCUGGUGACAGAUCCAGACGGCAUCAGAAUGAGGUUCUCAUACUUGAUGCCUCUCGACAAACAACAGAGCCAGCCAGUGCCGAAGUCGAUGUUGUCGUUGGAUACGAACAGUCACCAGUUCGAGUGGUUUGUCACUCACCUGGUAGAAUCAGAUCACAAACCAGGAAUGCGUCCGAUGGUUUGGACAAGUGGACAGUUCAGGUGAAAGGUGUCCCCAAAGUCAGUUUUUUGGCGUCGACCGAACCGAGUCAGGAGAGAGUCACACAUGGAGACCACAGUUCAGUUGAUGGUAGUGUCGAGGAACGCCAUUCGGCUACAAAACCUUUGUUUUCUCUGCAUCCUGUACACGGGGAGACACGAACGGGAACCGGUCGACCAUUCCCAACGCAUUUUCCACAGCCCAACUUUGACGAUUCUAAUGGGUCGAGCGCAUCUGAGCACCUGCACGAGAGCAAGACUCCCAUCGUGGCCGACAUGGAUGAUGCUCAGUCUGUGACUAGUGAAAGUGAUGCGUGCUCACUGCAAGAUUAUGUCACUCAGUCUAAACCCAGGAUUAUUUCAAAGCAGAAAAGGCCUCUUUCAAACAAGAAAAAAACUGGAAGAUUUGUACCUUCCAGGUACAUGCAGAGUACACAAUUGCUAAAAAACAGCACUUCUGUUUUACCGGACAAGAGUUCGUUAUCAAUGAAAAACUUCAAUCAGAACAGUUCUGGUCCCACCCAAGGAAGUGAGCGCCUGGGGUCCAGAAAGGAUAACAGUCUGAUGUACAAAGUGUCCACAGCACGCAGUGUGGACCACUCUCGUUCGGGGUCGGGAUAUCGCAGUGUGGAGAGGCCGGGCUCGGCCCGCAAGAAGAAACCCAAGUCAACGGAGGAAAGACCAGAAACUCCAGUGUUACCGCCACACAAAGCCGAAGGAGCCAAAACGUCCACACCAACCCAUGAUGUGUCAUCCAUGUUGCUUCAUGAUGCUUCGGCUAUUCACUCGGAAAUGUCAAUGUUGGCAGCAGAUGUUAAUCACAGCAAAUCUAGCAAUAAAGGUUCUGCCCAGAAAGCACCAAAGAAGAAGACGGACCAGCCAGUGAGUGUGCGGACGUUGAAGCUGUUGUACGCUCGGUAUCUCCAGUCACUGUUUCUCGAUUCUCAAGCCAAGAUGUCCUUUAAAACUCAAGAGAAACAAGAAAUGGCUGAGAUGUUGGAAUUAUGGGAGGCAGUGGAGGAAAAAAAAAAGCAGGUAUAUACGUUGAGGAAGGAAAUCACCAGACUAAAACACAACAUCCUGUUGGAUGAGCAGCUAGAGCUGCAGGCGGCAGCAUUGGAACCAAUAGUUUGUAACCUGCCACGACUUUGUGGUGAGCAUAAGAGUUUAGCAGACAGCUUAGACACAACACGACAUCAGAUUCGAACAAAAGGAAUCUAUAUCCCCGACGAUGAGGAUCGGUACCAAGCCAUGUUUGAGUCUGCAUUACUGGAGAGUGAGCAUCUUCUAGGAGAACUGAGUGUCAUGACAAGGACGGCGACCCCCCACACCACAAAGACGGCAACCGCGCUACAGGCCAUGGAGUCCGCUCUCACGGCUGAGUGUAAAGAAAUAGCCAGAUGCAAUGAAUUGGUUUCUGCAAUUCAGACUUUGUCAACAGAAGAAAAUUCAUUGAAGAUACAUGCCGUACAAAGAGAGGAAUUCAGCUACCGAUAAUUUCUCAGUGCAAUUAAAGUGUGUUUCAAUUCUGAUUGGACUUGCUAUGUAUUCAACUGUCAGUGACAGUAUGAGACCAGUGAAUGAUUUCUCUAUAUAGCUAGAAGGGUGGAUUAAAGUUAUUCAUCAAAUUAUUUAUUCACUUCAUGUUGGUGCAGUAUCUGGCAAAUGCGUAGAUCCCUAUUUGACUUUAUAUUCCCAUGUGGUUUACAAUAAACAGUCAGGGUUUCUGCCAAAUGGUAAAACAGGUAUGGCGCCAUACCCAAAAUUUUAUUUUUGAAGUUAACUUUUUGACAAAAUUAAUUACUCUCAUCAUUACUCUAUGAUUUUCUUAACCCUAACCCUAAACAUAACCUAUUUUCUUUCUGGGGAGGUCCCCCAUACCCCCUGUUGACUGUGGUUGCAUUCAAUUCCAUAGCGCCAUACCCAAAAAUUUCUUUCUGGCAGACACACUGACAGUUACCGUACGUAAUAUAGUUUCAUGCUGUCUUUAUAACAUAACACUAUUGUUAUGGAGCACGUGAUGUUAUUAGUCUAUGUGCACUGCAAGCUUGUGGCAGUUGUAUUUGUAGGCGUAUGGGCUCCCAUUUUUGUAGGGGGUCGGACUGAUUUUUAGCAUUACUGCCAAACAGCUUUAUAAGGUUGCAAAUGAAUUACUAUUAAUUUUUACACAGAUUACAACUAAUAUUGUGGAUUCUAAUGAUAGAAAUACAUGAUGAAAAGAUUUCAGGCGAAAGCUCAUUUUGCCUGAAUAUGUCUUCUCUUUUUUCGCCCGAAUUUUAGGAUUUGCUUUGGGCAUGGAGAGGGGGGAAAGUUGCCCCUCCUACCCCCCUACCUCAUAUACAGUUGAUGAAAUUGAUAUCUCUGUAGCUUUGAUAUUACAAUGUGCAUUCAAUAAAGAAACUGAAAUUAA